AUACACGACGAUAAUAAUAAUCGGAGAGAAAACAGGAAUCAGUUUUACUCAAAACAACAAAGUCGUGGGGCUCGAUCCCCUGUUUCAAGGCAAAUUCACGGGGACUAAACAUGUUCGGUGAAAAUCGGUGUCGGGGCGGCGUCCAAUGAUAGCCAGUGGACCGCUUCAAGGCAUUAUCUGAUUCAAAAAGAUUCUAGGAAUAUAAAAUAGACGGGGCCGUACCGAUGGCCACACUUACUCAACAACUGUCAGUCUUCGCUCGUGUCAUCAGCACGAGCUCUCCAGUCGAACUUCAGUUGACCGAUUCCACUGCGAUCUCGUCUCUCCGACCCCAUCCUCGCCUUCCUCUUACUACUCUUCGCUUUUUCUCCGCCGCCACCGCCGUCAGUCGCCGCCGCAAUCUGGCUUCUGUUCCGGCGGCGGCGUCGAUGUUGUCGGAAAACCCAGUCGUGAGCGAUAUCAUCGCCGCCGGAAUAUCAGGGGGCAUUGCGCUCUCUUUGCUUCGGUUUUGGGGGGAAAUCGCCAAACGAGGGAUCUUUGACCAGAAACUAACCAGGAAGCUUGUGCAUGUGAGCAUUGGGCUAGUUUUCAUGCUUUGCUGGCCUCUAUUCAGUUCUGGUCAUCAAGGAGCAAUUCUAGCAGCUCUUAUUCCUGGGGUUAAUAUAAUAAAGAUGCUUCUUAUUGGACUUGGGAUAUGGAAGGAUGAGGCUACUGUCAAGUCAAUGAGUAGAUUUGGGGACCACAGGGAACUUCUGAAGGGACCGCUAUACUAUGCUUCCGCAAUCACUUUGGUUUGUGCUAUUUAUUGGAGAAGUUCUCCAAUUGGAAUUGCCACUAUUUGCAACCUUUGCGCUGGAGAUGGUUUAGCUGACAUUGUUGGAAGGCGAUUUGGAACUCAGAAAUUACCGUACAACAGAGACAAAUCCUUUGCUGGUAGUAUUGCAAUGGCAACUGCCGGUUUCCUAGCGUCAAUUGGAUACAUGCACUAUUUCGCCUUGUUUGGAUAUGUUGAAGAAAGUUGGGAAAUGGCUUUGGGUUUCUUGUUUGCGUCUCUUGCCGCAGCACUGGUUGAAUCCCACCCUUCAAGCAUGGAUCUUGACGACAAUCUCACAGUUCCCCUUGCUUCUAUUUUGGUUGGCAGUUUUGUCUUCUGAUUUCUGGCUGUCAACUUUCAUUAGUAUCCAGUUAGUCCUUGAUACGUAUCAAUUGUAAGACCAAAUGUUGUACCUUAUUUCUUACUUGCCCUCUUCCCUUAUUAGGGUUUCGGGUUGUUAUUCUCAAAAGGCUGAAUGUAUGUGAAUAUAUACCCACGGAAAUUGGAAUUAAAUGUUAAUCUUCUUAUUUCUUUAGGUCAA